AUGAGUCAUUGGCAACAAACUUAUACUUCCCAGUUUGUUGACUCUUUUGACCGACAUUGUUAUGAUUUGGAAGUUUUAAAUAGUACUUCUCUUAAAUUUGCUCGACCGGAAACGCCAAUUGAUUCUUAUACUUCCGCUAAAAUCUCUAUUAGAGAAAAACUAAGAAAUUCGUUACCUCCUAUUAAUACUUCUCAACCUUCUCCACGCACUAGAAAAUUACCGAAAGAUCAUUUAACUGAUUCUCUCAAAUACCAAAAUUAUAAUUCAGAUGUUACACCACCUGUUUCGCUUCCCGUAAAAAUUAUCGUCGACUCUGAUUAUAAUUUAUCUAAUCAAGUUGAAAAUUUCGGCGACAAAUUUGAUUCUGGAAAAGAUGUUGACAAAUCUGAUCAGAAAAAAUUCCUUUCAAGAGGUUUAAAAUCUCGUCGUCAUUCCACUAUUCCUUCUCGUGGAAUGUCUCUCCCUCUCUUAAGUUCUACUUCCAUCAAUUAUGAUCAAAUCUUUAACGAUCAAAAUACCUUGGUCAUACCGGACGACCAAACUGAUGGAAUUACUACUGAUAUGUCUCCCUUGAAUACUCCAAGUCCCGCUUUGUCUGUCCAAUUUCAAAGGUAUUCUUCUGGAAAACAACUUACAAAUUCGUCGCAACAAUUUAAUUUACAAUUUCCUUCCUUCGGUUCGUCUGUUUCACAAAUGGAGUCCUCCCCCCUUACUAUAAGACAAAAAUUGAAUGUCAUUACAGAGAAUCCUUUUAAUAAUGAAACUCGUUCUCUUUCAUUGCCUGAUAUGGUAACUGCCUCAUCUUACGAAAAUAUUCCUUGGUCCCCUGCUGUUAACUUUUUGGCUAAUUUGGCCCAGGCUACUACUUCUAAAUCAAUGCCUGAUGAUGAAGGUCAACAAAUUGGUGAUUAUAUUAUCGGUAAAGUUAUCGGUAGGGGUGGUUUCUCUACUGUAAAAGAAGCCAUUAGAAUGGAUAAUUAUUCCGGAAUGGAAAAAGCUGCUGUCAAGAUCGUACUAAAAAAUAAAAUUUGUAUUUGGAGAGCACUCGAACAUCCAAAUAUAGUUCCAAUGAUUAAUGUCCAAGAGGAUGAUUAUGCCACCUAUAUCUUUUCCGAAUAUUGCUCAGGUGGUACUCUUUUGGAUUAUGUAAAGAAAAAUAGUAAGGGUGAAGGUAAAGGAUUGGACGAAGAUGAAGCUCGUAAAAUAUUCUUAGAAAUUGCUGAGGGUUUAAGAUAUUUACAUGACGAUAUGAGAUUAGUACAUAAGGAUAUCAAGUUAGACAAUAUAUUACUAGAUAAAGAUGGUACUUGGAAAAUAUGUGAUUUCGGUUUGACUGAAUUCCAAAAUGAUGCGAAUGGUUUCGCUAACCUCGCCUCUUGUGAAGAGGAAGCUGGUGGUUCCCUUGCUUAUUGUGCUCCAGAACAAGCUCGCAGUAAAGUUCCAUUAAAGGAUCCUGCUGCUGACAUAUGGAGCUUAGGAGUUGUGCUAUAUGCCAUUGUGGUAAAUCAUUUACCUUUCAUGGAUGAUUACGCACCACGUCUCCAACUUAAAAUAAUCAAUGGACGUUAUGAUGAAUCGGCUCUUUAUGAUGCUGGGGUCAGUGAUGAUUUACAAGAUUUGUUAAAACAAAUAUUUAAAACAAAUCCAAAACAAAGAUUAACGAUCAAUCAAGUCCUGGAGCAUCGAUGGUGCGAACAAGGAAAUAGUGGAGAAUUAGAUAAUCUAAUAAUUUUAACAGGAGUGACUGUAAAUGUUACACAACCUGCCGGUUAUCAGUCAGCCACUCAUAGGCAUACAUUCGUCUGCCUGG